UUUCACUUUAGAAUUAUGAUGACCUUAAACUCCAUUAUCAUCGUUAUAUUUAUUGCUUCAUUUGUUAUAUUUUCUCAGCAAAACGAGGUAAAACCGGAUGAUCAACAGUCAAAAGAUGUUGAAAAAACUUUUACAAAAAUUGGACUGGAAGUCCCUCAACCUAAUCAAAGGGGCACCAUUCAAUAUCCUCCACCUGUGCAGUUCGGGCAGCGUCGCUAUGAUGUACCAGAUCCUCGUUUAGGCUAUGGACCACAACCAUUAAACUACGGAUACAAUCCAAAUUUAUAUAAUCAUCCUCAGCCUGGACCAAUUUUAGGGCCUAAUCCGCCUUAUAAUGGAUAUGAUCUAUAUAAUAGAGCAAAUAUUUAUCGACCACCACAACAAUACUAUCCUGGGCAGCCGAUUUAUGGGCCAUUUCCUAAGCAAAAUACAGGUAAAAUAAUAUACAUACUUCUAAAACAGGGCUCCGAUCGACAAAAUGCCACUCAAAAGUAUCAAAAUCUUGUAAAAAAAGUACAUAGGGAGAAAAUUUACAAAUAA